AUGCGGGAUUACUACAGCUCUAAUACUGUUGAUAAGUCCGAAAUCAAUGACGACACAGUGGUAAAUAUCCUAACUCCAGAAUUUCUCAGUUCCCUCCGUACAUCUGGUUUGCCUACCCAUCAUUUAAAGUUAAAGGUUGGAACACCAAUUAUGCUCAUGAGGAAUAUUGAUCAGUCAGAAGGACUAUGUAAUGGAACAAGGUUGAUAGUAACAAAAUUGGUGACACAUGUUAUUGAUGCUUCGAUAAUAGCUGGAAAGAACUGUGGCAAUCAGGUUUACAUCCCACGAAUGGAUAUGUCACCUUCCCAAUCACCAUGGCCGUUCAAGCUCAACAGAAGACAGUUCCCCAUUAUAGUGUCAUAUGCCAUGACAAUUAACAAAUCCCAAGGACGGUCUUUGGAUAUUGUUGGUCUAUACCUACCAAUGGAUGUUUUUACACAUGGACAAAUAUAUGUUGCACUAUCAAGAGUCACAACAAAACAAGGAAUCAAGAUAUUAAUACAUGAUCAACAUGCAAAAGUUAAAACAACAACUACAAAUGUAGUUUACAAGGAGAUCUUCGACAAUAUAUAA